AUGGAGCAGGAUCAGUUCAGUUCUGGAGUACGACUUAUCAAUGACAAGGAUUCAACACGUCGCCGGUCUGCCAAACUCAACCCCAAAUCUUCUUCGCCAGAUUCUCCAGGGUUUCGCGCCUUCCGCAAGCUCACAACCAAUCGACCAACAGAUGUUUGGUCGUACAAAUAUAUAUAUUUAAACACUGCCUAUCUAAAAGAAUA